AGAAACGGUGUGCUUUAGUGUGAGUUUGCCGUGACCGAGUCGAUCCGCGUUCGUUGAUUCGCGAGAGGUGCUCUGUGAUAUUUAAAUUCCCUUUUUCGGAUUACAGGAAUCUGUAGAUCCAUAAUGAUAUGAAAGUGCAUCCAGUCGUUUGCGAAGUCCUCGUUUAAAGAUGUCCCAGAACGCGGUGGUGACAGCCGCAACCAUAUGCUGCUUCAUUUGCCUGACUUGGACGUCACCAACAGCCGCCCAAUCCAACUAUGCGGAUCAGGCCAACAACAUCGAGUACCGAGGGGAAGGUCUCCCCGAACAGGCCACUCUAGACGGAAAGGUCACCAAACUGGACGACCUUAGCCCCGUGAUUUUCCUCAAUCGAACGAAGGCAGCUCUGAACUGCGCCGCCGGCUCCAUGCAAAUCGAACUGAAAUUCAACGACAAGUUCUACGGAAUAGCGUAUGCGCAGUUCGACAGGAAUUCUGCGUGCAAGGUGUUCGGAAAAGGGCAGCACAGCUACAAGUUGGAGUUGCCAUUGAAGGGGUGCGGUACCAUACAAGAUCCUCAGCGUGUUUUCACCAACAACAUCGUCGUGAGGUUUCAUCCUGGACUGGAAAUAGAUGGAGACGAAAUAAUUACGAUUGUUUGUCGUUACCCCCCACCAAUAGCACCACCCCUGCCGCUCUACCAAGCCUUUUCAGCAGCAAUUGCGCCUCCACUGAAAGGUUUCCAAAUUCUUCUAAUAAUAUGUGGCAUACUAUUUCUGUCCCUGCUUCUACUUGGUCUAGGAUGCUCCUAUUACUGCUUGAGAAGACGUCCAGUCACCAUCAUCAGACAGCCAUUUUCAUCUAUUGGAAGUGGAUCGGAAAUCACCAAAUUAUCUGGAAGCUCUCUAGGUAAUCUCUCAAUGUUUGAGGGAGUGAAAAUCCCGCGAGCGAACGUCCCUCCCGUAAUGGGAGCACCAGGAAGCAGUGCGGGAAGCGAAGGUCCACUGAUGAGCGACAACCUUCCUUCCGACUACCCCUCAGAGUCCCAUUCCGAAAUCGACGUAGACACCGGAUCUUUACCAGUGUCUUCGGCAGGAAGUUACGAAAAUCAAGCAUACCUUCACGAUAACAGUAGCUUUUAUAGCGAAGGAUACGGCCAAACCCAAGAACAGCAAGUUCAAAACGCAAUCACUUCUUCAGCAACAGUACCCAGGCUACCUUUGGCCGUCAAAGAUCAACCGAGGUUCGACGUUCAAGUCCGAGUGAAGAAAGCUCCUCCUUCGCCUCCGAGUAUUUCAAUGUCCGAUACGGAAAGCACAAGAACUGAUAGAAAUCUUUCGACAAUCCCAGAGCAACGAGAAGAAAGCGUCAGAUCUCUCGACUCGCCUCUUCCUUUGGAAAGAACUCACUUCACGUACAUUCCCGAGCUUCAUCAUCCUCCUAAACAUAUUCAACCCGCGCCGACGUACAAUAGAAUUCUCAGAAGGCAGCUGGAGAUGCAAGAAGAACCAAUGAGGGUGGCGCCUCCAAGAUCUAUAGCCUCGCUCGAUACUGAAAUGACCGAUACCCACUCCAUGACGGAAAUAAUGGAUGAUUCCCAUCACAAGUUCCUGGCUCCCACUCCUCCGCCUCCACCUCCUAUAGUACCGAAACAAGAAUAUAUCCGAUAUCAGGAAGAACCAACUUCUUUGGAGCCUCCCAUUGCAGUCGUGCACAAACCUGAAGUUACUUCCCAUGUUGUCGAUGACGUAUUCCUAAGAACAAUCACCGAAAAGAAAACCAUCGAAGACAUUGAGAGACACAGACGAUUGGUAACUGAAUACCAUACCAGACCGAAACCCAAACCUGUGGAAGAUCAGAAAUGGGAUGUGACCAUUAAAAACUACCCGGUGGAAAUGCCUGAACCGCCAGAAUGGGAAAACUUUUCCGAUAUAUCCUCAGCUUCCGGAUUGACCCUCACUCCACGACUCGAAAGAGCUACUAUGAGUUUACCGCCUCAAAAUACAAUCAUCGACGAUAAGUUACCAUUGAAUGCACCAGAGAUUGUAGCCAAUAUAGGACAGCAGCCGCCCAGAUACUCCGCUUCUUUGGACAUUCCUCCCAGUGAGCAGAGUUUCUUGUCAACUUUCAAUAUCCCCAUCGAAAAUCCUGAUGUCCCCAACUGGAACGUGCUCAUCAGAGUUUUCCAUCCCACUGAGCAUGAAGAGGGCCCAGUGAUCGAAAGCGCCGAAACAUUCAAUUCCCAAUUGACUACGUCCGAUAAAAUGAAGUGGCGUCAGAUAAUAACGACAGAAUCAACACUUCGCACUCUCCUAACGGAAUGUGUCGUUCGUGAAGAUUACGAGCGCGUCAGAAGCGACUCCAGAUACGUGAACCUUUUCGAACCUCCAAAGUGGGACGUCAUCAUCAAAAUACUUUCGCCCCCAGACAAACCACCGAAGAACCGCAAAAAGAGAAACGACUGGGACAACAGAAGCCGCCGCAGCAGCUUGCCAACCCUCUACGAGUACGAUUCCGAUGGGGGAAGUUCAGUAAAAACUCUAACGAGGGAACCUCUUGUACUUCCUCUACACUCGCAGAGAUCCAGAAAGAAUUCCAGAUCGAGCUAUCGCAGCGAAGCUGAUCUGAGGUCCAUGUCAGAAAUGACUGUCGACUUCGGCCGUCCAGACAACUUUUCGGAAACGUCCAGCUACUAUCCCGAUAAGAGAUAUUACGAUGACUCCGAAACAGGUCAUCCUUCCUUGGCGAGGUCACUGAGUCAACCGAGUUUGGCUCGAUCUGCUAGCGAGUUCACGGAGAGAUGGGUUGCUCCAUCUAGAUACGAUACAGCUAGCGAAUUCACUUCUCCCGAAGUAACUCCAAAGUCUCAGAGGAGCACAAGGAUUCAGCCUCUAGAUCUGCAAAGAGGUGGAGGAGGACAGAGAACGAUGUGGCAAGCCAGCCAGGCUAGUAGCUCAGUUCAAGGGCCACUCGUUUCUUCACAAGUGGUUACUCAACAGUUCAGAAGUGAAACUUCUACCAGCUUCAUGGGUCACGGUCCACGACCCACGGGCCAUGGCUGGUUUGCAGAUAAUGACAGCGAAGCUAGUUAUAAAUAAUUGAAAAAUGUUGACAUUCCUACUAACGUGCUAAUAUUAAGUUAAAUGAAACCGGUAAUGAUACUGCCUUUUUAUAAAAAAAUAUUUUUGAAUAAUGUUAUCCUAUUAUGGAAAACAAUCACGGAAUUCAUGUACCCUUUCAUGCCUUGAUUUCUUCAGAUUUCUUUGGUGGCAGUGGUAGCAGUUGGAUCCAAAUGAUUGCUCAUAAGGAAAUAUUUCUGAUUUGUUUAUGAAUUUCUCCACUUCCGCAUUGAUUUUUUUGUCUUUGUAAAUAUUAAUUAGAGCACGAUCAGAUAAUCUCUCUCUUGAUAUAAUCGACAGUAACUAGUUUUUUCAAUGUUGCGGAGCUGCUAACUGCUGAUGCCACGCUUUCUUGAAGUAUUUGCAUAUUUUUCUAAUGCUACUAGACUGGCUAACUUCAGUUUUCUUAUUUACGUUACCAGAAUCCAGAUCAAAAACAGUAGUCAUUGUGUACAUACUGAGAACUAACCAUUAAUCAAGUAUUUCGAAUUGAAAUAGCACUCACUUUUCGGAGUGUGUAUUUCAUGGAAAAAUAAUAUAAGAUCCUUCACUGCCUCAAAGAAAAAUCUUAUUUGCAUUGAAAAAUAUUUGUUUUCAUAAAAAUGAAACAAAAACUGAAUUUAUCCUGCUUAGUGAUUUCACUGGAAGCAGUGAAAUCACUAAGCAGUGAAAUCACUUCGAUAUGUUCGUGUUUGUGGCAUAUAAGGAUACGUGUUUUCUAUUAAUGUUCCCAAUUGUAAUAAACUUUUUUGUGACUAGAAUGCUGUGAUAACAUUGUAAGGUGUACUGGUUCAAUCUUUUUCGAAUUUUACUGAUUCGAAAGGUUUCACCCGGUUUUCCACUCGUCCUGUUUUUUUAUAAUGGACGACUGUAGAAUUGGGUAUUUUUAUAUAAGUUUAUUCUCAAUAUCGCUACGGCACUGUUUUUCUAUGGUUUCAUUAUUGAAACCGUGGUGGAACAAUAGCCUUUCUAAUUCGCUCAAUUUGCUCCUUAGGUGUUGGGUUAAGGGCUAUUAUUUUUCUAUUAUACUUUUUACUUCAAUCUCAACUAUCUCUACAUUUCCUUCAGUAUCCAAGAAAUGUAUGAUAUCAUUUUACAAGGUGCUAUUUCGUAAUAACUUCGAUUCUUUGUGAGUAUUUACUAGGCAAUAAAAUAAACUUUUGUAAUACGAAAUUCGAAAUAAAUAUUUUAUAUUAACA